ACCAUGUGCAGACUCUGAAAAUCACAAACCACAGCCUUACAUUCCAAAUGCUAACUCCACCAUUGGAUCUAGAUCCAACGGUGCAAAUCCCCUAAUCUCUCUAUAAACAGAGCUUGCUUUCGUCACCGUGAACGCCACACCAAACGCCAAUGGCGGCGUCACUUGCACUCUCCUCCUCUCUCCCUCUCCGCCUCCGCUCUCGUCCUUCGCUCAAACCACGCCUAGCCUCUCGCCUCAGAUCCGCACCAUUUCGGUGCUGUGACUCACGCCCUGAUGUGCCUAGAAUCGUCACCGGUAAUGCCCGUCCCUUUAAUUAUACACAGAAAGGCGCAAAUACAUCACAGUUUUUGACAAAAACAGAGGAAAAGGAUCUCAAUAGCAGUAGCUUAGUAGUCAAGGCAGCGUCCUCGUCAUCGGUAGCUCCGGCGAAGGAGCCAUGGCAGGGCGCGGCGAUUAAGCCGCUGAUUGCAUCGCUUGCGACGGGAAUUAUACUCUGGUUUGUGCCUGUUCCUUCCGGCGUUUCGAGGAACGCUUGGCAGCUAUUGGCGAUUUUCCUUGCCACGAUUGUUGGGAUAAUCACGCAGCCACUGCCGCUCGGCGCAGUCGCGCUCAUGGGCCUCGGCGCCUCGGUUCUCACAAAGACACUCACCUUUUCAGCCGCAUUCUCCGCUUUCGGCGAUCCAAUUCCGUGGCUGAUCGCACUCGCUUUCUUCUUCGCACGAGGGUUUAUUAAGACUGGACUUGGGAAUAGAAUAGCGUACCAGUUUGUGUCUCUCUUCGGCAGCUCAUCUUUGGGGCUCGGUUACAGUUUGGUGUUCAGUGAGGCGUUGUUGGCUCCUGCGAUUCCCUCAGUCUCAGCUCGUGCCGGAGGGAUCUUCCUGCCGCUUGUGAAGUCGCUGUGCGUGGCUUGCGGUAGCAAUGCUGGAGAUGGGACUGAGAAGAAGUUGGGGUCUUGGCUGAUGCUGACGUGCUUCCAGACCUCUGUGAUCUCGUCCUCAAUGUUCCUGACAGCCAUGGCGGCAAACCCAUUGAGCGCCAAUUUGACAUUCAAUACAAUCAAGCAGACAAUUGGGUGGACUGAUUGGGCCAGAGCAGCAAUUGUGCCUGGAUUGGUUUCGUUGAUUGUGGUUCCAUUACUUUUAUACUUUAUCUAUCCACCCACUGUGAAGAGUAGCCCUGAUGCGCCAAAGUUGGCGAGGGAGAAGUUGGAGAAGAUGGGACCAAUGUCCAAGAACGAGAUAAUAAUGGCAGGGACUCUGCUGCUCACGGUGGGGCUCUGGAUUUUUGGUGGGGUGCUGAAUGUGGAUGCUGUUACCGCUGCAAUUCUUGGAUUAUCUAUUCUCCUCAUUACUGGAGUGGUCACAUGGAAGGAGUGUUUAGCUGAAUCCGUUGCAUGGGAUACUCUCACAUGGUUUGCUGCGCUUAUUGCUAUGGCUGGCUAUCUUAACAAAUAUGGUCUCAUCUCUUGGUUCAGCCAAACUGUAGUGAAGUUUGUUGGUGGUUUGGGUCUGUCAUGGCAUCUAUCAUUUGGCAUUUUGGUUCUUCUAUACUUCUACUCCCACUAUUUCUUCGCUAGUGGCGCUGCUCAUAUUGGUGCCAUGUUUACGGCCUUCUUGUCUGUUGCCAGUGCCCUGGGCACUCCGCCAUACUUUGCGGCCAUGGUUCUCUCAUUCCUUUCUAACCUCAUGGGUGGCCUUACCCAUUAUGGCAUAGGAUCAGCACCUGUCUUCUAUGGUGCUGGCUAUGUCCCCCUCGGAACAUGGUGGGGCUAUGGAUUUCUCAUCUCUGUUGUCAAUAUUAUCAUCUGGCUUGGAGUUGGCGGCUUUUGGUGGAAGGUUAUUGGCUUGUGGUGAACGGGUGAGGGGUGGUCCUUAACUGAUUUUUUCUUUUCAGUAAUUGACUUCAAUUUUCUUGCUCUUGUUCUCCAUUGAGUUGCAGGUUGGUUAAUUUUUGCUGUCAAUUAUUUAUAUUAGCAAUGGCCGUUUUGUGGUUUUACUGAGAACUUUGGGUAGAAAUGAUAUAUAGGGCUUGUACCUAAAAUUUUGACAUGGCCUGGCAGGCAGGCAGUUGCCUCUAAUAUAUGGCACGGUUACUAGUUGGAUGCCUUCA